AUGAGCGAAGUAGCCGAUCUGCUUUUAGGCGACGAGCCGCACGAUCCGUCCGAAGGAGACCUCGAGGUGCAGGAGCUAGAGCAGCGCAUGUGGAAGGACCGCCUCAAGCUGCGCCACAUCAAGGACGCGUCGACGGCGGCGGCGGGCGCCGCGUCGUCGGGCGAGAAUGGCGAGUUUGGGGGUCUGAAGUGCCGGCCGGAUUGGGCGGUGGAGGAUGAGGAGGAGGAGGAGGAUCAGCAGCCGCAGAAGCACAGGCCGACUCAGUCGCAGCAAGAUGCGGCGCGGAGGAAGAAGAUGUCGCGCGCGCACGACGGCAUUCUUAAAUACAUGCUCAAGCUAAUGGACGCGUGCAACGCGCAGGGCUUCGUAUACGGAAUCAUCCCGGAAAAAGGCAAGCCGGUCGGCGGCUCGUCAGACAAUCUCCGCAGCUGGUGGAAGGACGAGGUGCAAUUCGAUCGCAGCGGCCCGGCGGCGGUUGCGAAGUAUAACGAAGAGCAGGCAGCGGCGCAAGCGGGGCGGAUGAUGGUGAUGCAAAUGGAAGCAGCCGCGGCUGCGGGGGGAGGGGUUGACGGGAGCGGUGCUGCGGGGGGCGUGGUGGUUGGGCCUGGCGGCGUGCCAUUGGUUGGGCCUGGUUCGAUUUCUACACCGCGUACACUUCAAGAUUUGCAGGAUACAACUUUGGGUUCGCUUUUGUCCGCGUUAAUGCAACACUGCGAUCCGCCACAAAGACGGUUCCCGCUGGAAAAAGGUGUACCCCCGCCGUGGUGGCCUACGGGGAACGAAACCUGGUGGCCGCAGCUGGGCCUUCCGCGGGGCAGCGGUUCGCCUCCUUAUAAGAAGCCUCACGAUUUGAAGAAGGCGUGGAAGGUUGGUGUACUGACUUCGGUGCUUCGUCACAUGGCUCCCAACAUCGCCAAGCCUCGGAAGCUGGUUCGGCAAAGCAAGUGCCUGCAGGACAAGAUGACGGCUCGGGAGACGAGCAUAUGGCACAUGGUUCUCGAUAACGAGGAGGCUUUAUGCAAACAAGAGGCGGCUACUAACGGAGCGGUGGCAAUUGGGGCGGCGGCAAGCGAUCCCGGCGGAAAUUCCGCCGCCAUUUCCGGACGGAAUGGGCCGAACUCCCUCCCGCACAGCAAUAGCGUCAGCAGCGGCAUGAUCGCGCUCGCCGGCAACAGCGGCGCGGGUCCUAACGGCUCCGGCAGCAGCGCUAGCGGCUUGCCGUCAUCUAUCCAGCGCGGUAACGGCCUCAAAAUCCUCCGCGCGUUUGCUCACGAGAACUCCGCUAACGCUAACGGCGCCGUUGGCGCAACUCUUCUCCGAGCCGGCAAUUCUGACGGUCAUCGUCCGAUGGACCGGCAGGCCGUCGACAGUGGCGUCACGAACAUGGCUCCCUUCUCUCUCGCCGCAUACGAUGGCGGAAAUCGCGGCGGCAUGGACGGAAUCAGCAGCCCCGGCGGCAACGGCGCUGGCGGAGGGAAUUUGCUGUGCGGGGAGCUUAAGCGCGCAUACUCCGAGGUCGGCGCUUAUGGCGGGAAUCUAAAUCACUCCGCAUCGGGCGGAGGUUUUGAUACGAGCGGAAACGAGGCCUCUCUUAACGAGGAUGCGAGGCUGCCGUGGGGGAAUGGGGAUGGCGCAGCGGGGGAAGUGGCGGCGGGGGGAAACGGCGGCGGGAGGGAUUUGGUUCCCGAGCACCGAAUUUUCAAGUGCCCGUACGAGGGCUGCCCGCGGCGCGAGUGGAAGAACGCAUUUGCGGACCGGAAUUUGAGAAACAUCCACCAAUUGCGGUGCCCCUUCCGCCCGGGUGCUAAGGCGCAGCAGCAACAACAGCAACAACAGCAACAACAACAGCAGCAGCAACAGCAGAAUCUUCAGCAACAGGAGUGUGAAACGUCAGCCUCCCCGCCUCUCCCGGUCCACGCUUUCGCCAAUCCUGGCGGUAAUCCCGCUUCUGCUGCGCCUGGUAACUUGGGUACCCCCUCAGGUGUCCCUUCAGGUGUCCCUUCAGGUGUUCCUUCAGGUGUUCCUCCCACUAUGCCCUUCGGCGCUGCAAACAACAGUCCUCCAGGUGCUCCCUCAGGUAUUCCCCCCUGGGCUGUGGACCAUUCCUCGCAACCCUCCCUCUCCUCCGUUCCUCACAUGUCCCUAGGCCCGGGGCUAGGCUCGCCACCGCAUGGUUCCGGACCUGCUGCUCCAGGUUCGGUUCCCGGACCUGGCCCCAUGGGUUGGAUGCAGCAAUGGCCCAUGCCUCACCACCAGCCGCACGGGCAAUAUUCUAUGCCCAUGCAACAUCCGGGAACCUUCGCCCCUGCCACGUCAUCAUAUGCUGGCUACAACAUGGGUAUGGGGAUGGGCAUGGGAGGCUAUCCUAUGAACGUACCGCCUUUUCCUGGACCUGGGACAGGUUCGGCAGCAGGCUCGGGAAUGGGAGGUGCGGGUUUCAGUCAGCCCUUCAGCCAUACCUCUCCUGCCCUGGGCGUCCAUUCCUCCUCCCCUUACGCCCCGUCCCAUCUUGCCACGUCAGCAGCGGGCAGUGGUGGUUACCCUUUCCUGCAGAUGAUGCCAAACAAUGCCAGCCAGCAGCAGCAGCAGCAGCAGCAGCAGCAGCAGCAACAACUAAUGCUUCCACCCUCUUUGUCUCUCGCCAGGGUAGGUUCAGUGAACAGCAGUGCGGAGGAGAGGGAGAGGGCAGCAGGAGGAGCAGGAGCAGGGGUGGCGGAAGCGGGAGGUGAGGGAGGAGGAGAAAGGGGAGGAGGAGACUUGGUGGGACGGGCAGUGUAUGGUGGUGGUUCCACUGGGUUCGGUCCGGAGUUAAGAGUUUCCUGUGCUGUAGAGGGCGGCAGUAGGAGUCGUGCCACUGCUGGCGGGCAGCUGAAUUCUCAGCAGGGUGGUGGGAUGGAUGGUAGCGGGCUGCCCGGAAAAGAAGUCGUCAGGCGACCCAACGGCAAUGGGUUGAUUCUGAGCAAUCAGGGGUGCAUGGUGAUGGGACAAUCCCUAGGUGGUGCGGCGUACCAGAAAUUUGGUGAUAAAACGAGGUGUGACUCUAAGGGGGAUGACUCCAAUGGGGAGGAUUCCAGCAGCAAGAGCUGGUCCCAGGAAGGGGGAAAGGACAGCCCUGCGUUACAAGCACAUGAUCAUGUGGAAGGGUUGCUGAUUGGUGGAGGAGGUGCUGGGGGGUGUGAGGAGGAUUUCAGGCACAUUGAUUUUGGUCAUGAUCCUCUCAAGGUGUUUGGGUACUUGGAUGAGGAUGGGCACACACACAUGCAUUGA